ACGCACAGCAUGUGCAAUUGGUUAGUAAGGGGACGCAAAUGGAGAACCUGGCGACGAAAAAGAACUGGACAGAUGAGGAAAGGCUAGAGCUCGCUGCGCAGUUGGAUGCUCAGCUUGAUGAAUUUAUUGAUGGCUUGGAGAAGAAACGCUAUGAGGAGGGAUGGCCGGAAGAUCGCUGGCAGGAGGAAAUGGACAAGCAUCCGUUUUUCAUGAAACGAACUCCACAGCCAGGUGAUGAGGUGCAUCCGAUGUUUGAGGGCCUACAAAAGCUCAAAUAUGAUCCGGAGGAGAACACACUGGAAGAGCUAGCACUCAAUUACAAAGAGGAUGGAAACUUUUACAUGAAGCACAAGAAAUUCCGCAUGGCCGUUUACUCUUUUAGCGAGGGCAUCAAAACAAAGUGCGAGAAUCCCGAUGUGCUGGCAGUGCUGUACAACAAUCGCUCGGCGGCCCACUACUUCAUCAAGAAUCAUCGUUCCGCGCUAAGCGAUGCACAGCGUGCCCUAUUCUACAAACCGGACUACACCAAGGCGCGCUGGCGCGCCGCACAAUGUGCCUAUGAGCUUGAGAAGUUCGAUGUGUGCACCCAGCUCUGCGAGGAGUUGCUCGAAGUGGACAUCGAUCACAAGGAUGCCAAGGCGCUGCUACACAAGAACAAAAUGAGAAAGCUUGAUGCAGAGCGCAAUCAACGCAAGGAAGCUGCCGAGUCCAAGCGCCGUUUGACACGUUUCCACAAACUGAGAGAUGCCUUGGAGCAGCGUGCCAUUAAAUUCGAUGAUCAGCCAAUUAAUAAACGUCCAAAUAUUACCGAGAAUCUGUUGCGUCCCAAGUUUCUGCCACUCGAGGACUAUCCAGUGCAUUUGGAUGAGGAUAGCAGUAGCCUGAUUUGGCCCGCCGCCUUCUCCUAUCCAGAGUUUCUGCUCAGUGAUUUCCAACAGCAACUGCCAGAGACGGCCACCAUGCUGGAUUGCCUAAACACGCUCUUUGCCGAGCCGCUGCCCUGUGAUAAGACGUUAAGCUAUCGCCCGGACAAUGUCCAUGUCUACUAUGAGAACCGCAAGGCUGGCUGCGUGCACAAGGUGACACUCAGCAAGACACUUCGCGAAAUUAUAAACGAGAAGGGCUUCUUCGUCUCGGGCGGCGCUUUGCUUUUCUAUGUCGUGCCCAAAAACACGCGCAUCGAACAGGAGUUCAUCCAUCAACAGCGACGACCUCUCGUCUACAGUUGAGUGGAGAAAGAAUCUUAGUUUUUAUUGCUUGUACGUUAACAAAGCAUUGAUUAAGUUUUAUUGUUAUUAACUUUCAUUUGUAUAAAGUUUAUUAUAUAUAAGUCACGGUACAAUUGAGCCUUAAUUGCGCUAUAAAGAAGCUUUUUCAAUAUCCAUAGUUAAUAUCCUUGCAGAAGAAGCUAAAACGCCUUAUGUCGCUAUGACACAUAUUUUUAUAUGGUAUAAUAAACAUUUCUUUUGUAUAAA